GCUCUGGCCCGCCCACUUCCCCGUUCUCCGGCGGCUGUACGGGUCGCGGGGGAAGGUAGUUGCCAAUAAAGUUUUCUUGGUUCGCAGCUGGGCGACUGGGCCGGGCGCAGCUGCCCCCCCAGCCAGUGGCCCGCGGUUGCUCUCGGCUGCCGGCGGCGAGCUUCAGGGCGCCAUGGCCAGGGGCCGCGGCGGCCGGGCCGCGGGGAGGCCGCCUGUCGCUGCCCGCGCGCUCCCGCGGCUCCUGGGCCCGCCCGCGCCCGCCUCAGCCUGAGCGCAGCCCUCCGCGCCCGCGGGCCGCUCGCGCCGGCCCCAUGGCCUCCGAGGCGCCGUCGCCGCCCGCGUCGCCCGAGCCUGAGCUGGCCCAGCUGAGGCGGAAGGUGGAGAAGUUGGAACGCGAGCUGCGGAGCUGCAAGCGGCAGGUGCGGGAGAUCGAGAAGCUGCUGCAUCACACGGAGCGUCUGUACCAGAGCGCCGAGAGCAACAACCAGGAGCUCCGCACCCAGGUAGAAGAGCUCAGUAAAAUACUCCAUUGUAGGAGAAACGAAGAUAAUAACAAGUCUGAUGUAGAAGUACAAACAGAGAACCACCCUCCUUGGUCAAUCUCAGAUUAUUAUUAUCAAACAUACUAUAAGGAUGUUAGUCUUCCAAAUAAAGUGACUGAACUCUCAGUUCAGCAAGAUCAGGAUAUUGAAGCUUCUACUUUUAAUUCUAAAGACCAGUCACAAAUAGAAAAUGAUGCUUAUGCUGGUACUGAUGCUGGUACUGAUGUAACGGAAAAUGCUAAGUGUGGACAAGAGGACCAUUUUGCUGCACACUCACAGGAGCCAGCAUCUGCGUUAGCAGCUGAAGAUACAUCCUUAGAAGGUUCCUCAUUAGCUGAAAGUUUGAGAGCUGCGGCAGAAGCUGCUGUGUCACAGACUGGAUUCAGUUACGAUGAGAAUACUGGGCUGUAUUUUGACCACAGCACUGGUUUCUAUUAUGAUUCUGAAAAUCAACUAUAUUAUGAUCCUUCCACUGGAAUUUAUUACUACUGUGAUGUGGAAAGUGGUCGAUAUCAAUUUCAUUCUCGAGUAGAUUUGCAACCUUAUCAGACUUCUGGCACAAAACAAAAUAAAGAUAAGAAAUUGAAGAAGAAAAGAAAGGAUCUAGAGUCUUCUGCAACAAAUGAGGAAAAGGAUUUGAAUUUGGAGGAUCAAAAAGCAUCCAGUGUUGAAUAUAUAAGCUGCAGUGAGGGAGAAGAUUUUGCAAAUAUGAAAAAGAAGCCCAAAAUAGACAUUCGUUACAAAAAUAGUCCCCCCAAAUUGACUGUUCCAGUUAGCGGAAAGACUAUAGAAUCUCCUGUUAAUGAAAACAUCUAUAAUUCGACUUCAUUUAAAGAGGAGAAAAUCAUAGAGACUGAUAGUGAACCAGAAGAAGGUGAAAUUACAGAUUCUCAGACCGAGGACAGUUACGAUGAAGACAUGACCAGUGAAGACAAUGUAACUGCAGAAGAUACUGAGGAUGAAGAUGAAGAAAAAAUUUGGCCCCCAUGUAUAAGAGUAAUUGUUAUUAGGUCACCAGUGUUGCAGACAGGAUCACUUUUUAUCAUUACAGCUGUAAACCCUGCUACAAUUGGAAGAGAAAAAGAUAUGGAGCAUACUCUCCGAAUCCCUGAAGUUGGUGUCAGUAAGUUUCAUGCAGAAAUUUAUUUUGACCAUGACUUACAAAGUUAUGUCCUUGUGGAUCAAGGCAGUCAGAAUGGCACAAUUGUUAAUGGAAAACAGAUUCUUCAGCCUAAAACUAAGUGUGACCCUUAUGUACUUGAGCAUGGAGAUGAAGUGAAAAUUGGAGAGACCGUGUUGUCCUUCCACAUCCACCCUGGCAGUGAUACCUGUGACGGCUGUGAACCAGGGCAGGUUAGAGCUCACCUUCGUCUUGAUAAGAAAGAUGAGUCUUUUGUUGGUCCAACACUAAGUAAGGAGGAAAAAGAGUUGGAAAGGAGAAAAGAAUUAAAGAAAAUACGAGUAAAAUAUGGUUUGCAGAAUACAGACUACGAAGAUGAAAAGGCAUUGAAGAAUCCAAAAUAUAAAGAUAGAGCUGGAAAACGUAGGGAGCAGGUUGGAAGUGAAGGAACUUUCCAAAGAGAUGAUGCCCCUGCAUCAGUUCAUUCUGAAAUUACUGAUAGCAACAAAGGUCGGAAGAUGUUGGAGAAGAUGGGUUGGAGAAAAGGAGAGGGUCUCGGGAAGGAUGGUGGAGGAAUGAAAACUCCGAUCCAGCUUCAGCUCCGACGAACACAUGCAGGCUUGGGGACAGGCAAACCAUCCUCAAUUGAAGAUGUUCACCUUCUCCAAAACAAGAGCAAAAAGAACUGGGAGAAAGCACGAGAGAGGUUUGCUGAAAACUUCCCAGAAACUAAACCUCAAAAAGAUGCACCAGGGACUGUGCCUUGGCUGAAAGGGACUAUAGAAUGAAGGUCAGUCUUAGAACACAAUUCAAGCUUUUAAAAAAAAGAGUUUGGGAACUCUUAUUUUAUUGCAGAACUUUUCCCUCCAAAAGAGUCAAUGGCAUGAGAGAACUGUCACAGUUUAUCCCCUCAUGAUUCAGAAAUGUGUAAUAAAGUGUGGUUUGCAGCUUUUAAGAAACAUUUUUUAAAACUAAUAAAUAGUGACUGAAUCAGGUUAUGCUGUGAGUGGACUAAAGUUCACAGGGCAUAGAUGAACUUAUGAAACUUGAUUAUUUUAUCUUGUCAUUUUCAAGACCCGUAUAAGCAACUAGCCAUGGAAGCAAAAUUCAUAUAACCACUAAUGACUUAAAUGUACACUUGUCCUUGUCUCCAUACCUUUGUUAUUGUAAGAUGCACAACAAAAGAAAUAUCAAAGGUUUAUAGAAAUAAUUCUGACUAUAGUCAUCUUUGUUUAUGCCCUUUAGAACUUAGAUAAAAAAUGUUGAGAAAACAUGGGUAGUGGUGCAUAAAUUUUAUUAUUCUUGAAAUAACCUAAGUAAUAGUAUUGAAGAACUAAUGAACAGGUGACAUGUUGUAGAAAAUUAGUCUUUCAUUGUUUUCUUCUGUGAAGAAUCUGUUGAUUUGUAUUAUAUAUUAAGCAUUUACAUUUGUUUUUUUUCAUAGCUGAAAUAUUUAGAUAUGAGCAAUUGAGUACAGUAUUGAAAUAUUCAAUGUGCUGGUAUUUGUAGUUUUGAUAAAUCCCAUUGCUGGCAAUGGAGUUGUGCCAGAGAAAUCUGAUUUCUACUGCAAAAGGAUUACCUAAGCCAAGGCCUCAAACUCAAGGUGUUUAUUGAAAAUGUCCUCAGAUGCAAUAAAAACAUUAUUACAUCAAAAAGAGUGAUUAAUUGAACCAGUGAUUUAAAUAUACUGGUCUGCUUUGAACCCACUACCAGCGAGAAUUUUCCUCUUUAAUUUGGCAGAGCAGUGACAGAAGGGUGAGGUCAGAUAGUGGAGAAGUGCAGUGCAGCUCUUGGGGUCAGGGGUAUCUGCUCUGCCACUUACCACUGUUCUCCUCGCUGUUCACCUUUCCUCUCAGCUUUUUGCUGCGAAAUUAAUGCUGGAACUGACCCUUUUCUGGCAGUGAAUAUAAGCUAUAGCUCCCUCAUCUACUAUAAAGAAAUGUGUUCCAAGAUUUAGAAAUAGGAAGGGAAAAUUCUGAAACAAAUUAUACAGUAGGGAAGAUAAUUCAGAAAGAAAGGCUACCUGUUGGAAUUUCUAGUCUGAAUGGUACAGGGUAUUUAGGAAGUAAGGGGGAUGUGGAAAGAAAAAUAAGUUUAUUACUAAAGAUGAGACAUGACCGAACAAAUUGUCAAGUCCCUGUAGGCCUAAGCUGGGAGAAUCAGAGGCUCUGUAACUCCAAAUCUGACAAAGUGUUUCUCUGCAUCCUUCUUGGCCACCUACACACCCUACCACACAUAUGUAUAUGUAUAUGUACGUUAGACUUGGAGGCAAGAGGAGUGUCCUGCAUUAUUUUCUCUAAAAUAGAAAAAAAAACCUCAUUUAAAUGUGGUUCUGAUACUGGUGCCCUGUAUAUAGAUAAAAAUAUAGUACUUUCAAAGUUGACUUUGCUUCUAGUAGAUCUCACUCAUUGCGUUAUUAUACAACUGUCUAUAUAAUAUUUCCCAUUUUUAUUAUUAGAUUGUGGAAAACUUUUUUCAUUGUUUUCUUUUGUUAAGAAAAUGGAAACUUGAAAAUGGUGACAAAAAUUGAAAUAUAUGUGAUAUUUGCAUUAUUAAAACCCUUUGCAGAUCUAAAAUCUCAGGGCUACAUUGUAUAGUGGUUAAAGCACUGAAUAACGUCUGGGUCUAUUUCCAUCUGUGGAAUAAGAAUAAUAUCUCACAUGUCUGUCUUGAAUAGAAAAUGAGAGAAUGUAUAUAAAAAGCACUUUGUAAACUAUAAAAGUAGUACAAAUGUGAGCUUCUAUUUGUUUAGAAGCAUAGAUAUGAGUUAUGUACAAUUUGGAUUGCACAUAAAGUUGUUUUGUGUUUAAUAUUUUAAAUUACAGUUUAUUCACAAAGUAUAAAUUUAUUAAUUUAU